AUGAGGUACUCUCGUCCACUGUUAGCCUUGGCUACAGUAAUUCUUCUAUUCCAAUUGCCGUCAUCUGAUGCCAGCACUGCUUGCUCGUUCAAUGGAAAUGGUAACUGCUCCGUGAAUACGGAGACCGAUGAGGUUAUGGACCUUCUCAACGAUGGCCAGAAUCAGACCAUCAAUUGGAAAAUCCGGCCACAAAACAUUGGAUUUAUGUACUACUUGAGAACCUCGGACGAUGGCGAUGAUCUUGGCGUUAGAGGAAUCGUCAAAUGGAAGGUUCAACUAAAAAAUUGGUCAACGAACGACACAGCUGUGGAAGGGUUCUUGGUCUCGAUUAUGGAUCAUGACUCGAAUGAAACUGUUACAAGUUAUGAGUUGACAAUAUCUGAACCGUUUGAGCAAUUCGCCGCAUACAAUGAUGUUUUGGAAAUGCGUCUUGAGUUGGAUGACAUUCUCAGCUUUGACAAGAGAUAUGACGCAAAGAUCAACAUCCUCCCAAUCGGAAAACAAGCGGCAGCUUCAUCGUUUCUCUCGAUAAUGGGAAAAUUGGAAGGAGAGAAGUGCUCCGCAAUGACCGGUUUGGCCGAGAGAUGGGCACCGCACGUCAUAGUCGACGUUUUUGAGACAACAUCUGAAGUUGAGCUGACCUGGCAACCUGCUCCAUCAUUCCUUUGCAUCAAAACUUAUGAGGUGGUUCUUCAAAACCGAGAUGGUUUCAUUUUGAACACUACGGAAAUUGAAGUCAUCCCUGGUCAGAAGAUCGCAAAUGCAACAUUCCAAGGGAUUGAGAAAGAUCAAAUGGUUCAAGUCAAGGUUCGCGGCAAAAAUGCACUCGAUGGCGGUUGUGCUUGUGUCAAUUGCAAUUGUAUAACUGAUAAGACAAAGUUUUUCUUGAUACCAAACGUCACUAAAGAGAAUCCUCCUGUAACAACACCGAAACCUGUUGUUCAUCAUGAACCAUACAGCUUCACCGGCUUCUACAUUCUACUGAUCGUAUUCGGGACUGCCGCUUUCUUUAUUGCAUUAAUCUGUUUAUGCGUUUGUUGCGUCAAACGUCACAAGAGAAUCUUCAAGCAGAAAAUUGCAUUCAGUGCUCUCAAAACAUCGCAACACAACAAAAAAGUCACAGAUAAAAAACAAUACAAAAUCAUGGUUGUCUGUCCGGAGAUCACUGGUAAGGAUUACGAGUACAUGAUGAAGAUUGCGGACGGGUUGAGAAAGUCGAGUAACACAGUGGUGUGCGAUAAAUGGGGGGAAAGUGCGAAUGAUGUGGAGGAAAACAUGCUCCAUUAUGUAUACAAACAGACUGGAAUCGCUGAAAAGAUUAUUGUAUUCCACUCCUCUUCAUACAUGACUCGUGUUGGAGUCUACGAAAUUAUUGAAAACUACUUCCCAAGCACCGAUCCGCGUCUUGUCCAUAUCGCCCUGUCACCAAGUGCCCAACGAAAAGUCCCAUGUGGAGUUGAAUACGUGAUGCCACGUGACCAGAAACAUUUCGAAGAAGCAUUCGACAUCUUUAUCGAGCAUGUAAUCGAAAUCUCACCGGAAACCGAGGUUGUACCGGAUGCUGCACCAGUUCAUCGGGAUAGCUGCGAAAGUAUCGUGGAGGAGCAGCAGAACAACUCAAAGACGCAUAGUACAGAUUCUGGAGUGUCUUCGAUGUCAAGCAAUAGUUCGGAUUCUGAAGGAGCCAUUGAUGCAAACCAAAGUGAUACGGAGUUGCCGAUGAAGGACGCAAUAAACGUCGAGUCCCAUCCUCUGCUCCCCCGACCGAUUGCAGUUUCAUAA